CCAAAACCCUAAAAGUCAGGGACAAUUUCCCCUGUCCCAUCCACCCAUCGCCGCCACUCUCCACCCAGUCUCCUCGGGAUCAUCCCAGAUCUAUUUCCUCCAACCGGCAGCGCUCCCCCGAUUCUCCCCUUGAUCCAGCCGCCGCCCACCUUGUUUUCUCCGCCAAGCCAUCCGGGGUCCAGUCGAUUCGUCGUGCAUGUCCUCCUGGACGCGUCCUCCGCAAGCAAGGAGCCCGAGGCACCCCGUUCGCGUGCUGUAGCGCCCCUGCAGCCGAGGCAGAGCCUCCUCCUGCCCGCGCCCUCGUCGGCUGGUCGCUUGAGGCGCCGCCCCGGGCCUGCGACCCCGCGCUGCUCACCGGGAACGUGUCGCUGUCGGCGAGCACCUCCCCCAGGCACCAUGGUAGCCCGAGGGGAGCUUCGCCCGCGUCGGCCGGGAGUCCUUCGUCGCGCCGCCGGCGAGAUCCGGCAUGGCUCCAGCUCGACCCCUCCUGUCGUUGCCAUCCAGGAGCACCUCAACCUCCUCCCGCCUCGUUCUUCACCACGACCAGGCAGCCCCAAGUGCGCAUGCCUUGCCUCCGACCAUCUCCAUAGCCCGCACCCCUGCAGCUUCGGGACCAGCAGUGGGCACCAGCUCACCGGGAUCGUGUCAUUGACCAAGCCCACUGUUUCCUCCUUCCUCCUUCCUCCUUCCUCCUUUUCCUUUGCUCUGAAACUCCUCUCUGUUUUUCCCUGUUUUUGCAGCGUCCCCAUGUCAUGGUGCCCAAGCUCGUGGCUCCCGGAGCUUCGUCGGACGCCUCCAGCACCGGGAACGAGGUCCCUCGCCCGCGCCUGCCUCCAACGUGUGUUCCACGAGCUCCCCUGCACCCGAGCCUCCCCUCGAGCAGUUCUGCAGUCCCCUGUCGAGCUCGCCCCAAGCUCGACCCCGCCGCCGCUGCCCAGCACCUGAGACCAACCUCUCCUCUGGCCGUGCCUGCGAGCAGCUGCUGGAGCCGCCGCGCCGCCCCGUCAGCCGACGAGGAGCUCACCCGUGGCCUCCCCUGCACGUCGCCGCCCCGGAUUGACCUAGCCCCGAGGUCCUCGUCGCUGGGCCAGGAGCACCUCGUCGUCCUAGACCUCGCCGCCGUCGGGGACCAGCACUGAGGAACAGAACGAAGGUUGGUGCAGCCCCACCAUGGAUGCCCUUGCUGCCCCGCAACUCCCCAUCCGCCGUCGUUCUCCAAUGGAUCCGGUCGAUGCUUGCUAGGUCCGCCCAUUCCCGGCUUGGGACAGCCCCGUCGAAGCCUCCAAGUCCCUCCGGAUCGACGAUUGACCCCGUCUAGAACAGCCAUGGACGAGCAGUUUCAGUAAGGUGCAGUUCUAGCCGCGAUUCAGAUUCAGUUUUUGUUUAGAUUCAGUUCAGCGUGCUUGUACUCAUCUAGCGAAGGGACUCGUUUUUAUCACUAGCGCGUCUCAGCCUCGGUGGUUAGUGUGUUGCGCUUCCACCCAGGAGACCAGGGAUCAAAUCCCCAUCCAUGCAUGUUAUAUUUUUAGGAUUUGUGCCUCUCCA